GAUAAUGGACAUCUUUUACGAAGUGCGACAAGGAAACGUUGAUCAUGUUCGCCGCUGGCUGGCCUCUGUUGAAAACGAUCCGAAUUGCACGGACGAACACGGCUUUACUCCUCUUCACUGGGCAGUGCGUCAGGGUCAUAAAACGUUGGUGGACAUGCUUCUUGCACGUGGAGCUAAAGUAAAUUGUGUGAACAUGGGAGGUGAUACUCCGGUACAUCUUGCUGCGGCUCAUGGACAUAUGGACAUCAUUCGAUCCCUGAUCAAACAGAGAGCUGACUUGAGGUUUUUGAAUGAACACGGCAACACUCCAUUACACUACGCUUGCUUUUGGAACUACAGUGAAGUCGCUGAGCUGUUAUUGAGCAAAGGUGCUAAUGUUGCUCAAGCUAACAAAGACAAUCAAACUCCACUUGAUAAAUGUCGACGACGUCUAUGUAUUGCACUGAAAGAGAAAGCCAAGCAGUUGGGCCAGGAAAUAGAGACGAUUCCAUUUAGAGCUGGCUCUGCAACUUACAAGUCGAAAACAGAUCACGAGUUGCAUAACCAUGAUGCUGAUAUCAACAUGUCACACCUCAAUCUUUCACUCAAGAUGUCAGACACAUCUACUGGCGAGCUCUGGAAAGGCAUCUGGGCUGGUCACACGGUUGUGGCCAAGAAAUUGAAGGUGAAUGGGAAUUUGACCAAGCCAGUGGUGGAAAACUUUAGAGAAGAAUUUAUGAAGUGCAGGAUAUUUUCUCAUCCGAAUCUGUUGCCUGUUCUUGGUGCAGUUGUUCAGCCUCCGACUCUUGCUGUUGUCAGUCAAUUCAUUCCACACGGCUCAUUGUUUCUUCUGUUGCAUAAACCAACAGGAUUGCAAUAUAACGAUCAGCAUUGUUUGGAAUGGGCUUUAGACAUUGCGUCGGGACUUUCAUACUUGCAGUCACUUGAGUUGAGCAGUCCCAAGUUUAGCUUACGAAGUCAUCACAUGAUGGUUGAAGAUGAUUUGACUGUUCGUAUCAACCUAGGUGAUGCCCAUUGGUCUGUCUUGACUGACCAAAAGUUGUACUAUCCCCAGUGGACUCCUCCUGAAGUUCUAUACAAAGGCUUGAAGAAUGUCAACAUAAAGGCUGUCAACAUCUGGAAUUUUGCAAUUAUCUUGUUUGAGUUGGUUACGAGGCAAAUUCCUUUUGAUGGAAUGACUCCAGCUCUAAUUGGAAUGAAGAUUGCCAAAGAGGGACUGAAACCGAAGGUGCCAGCUGAUUUGUCACCUCAGAUCUCUCGACUUAUCCAAAUCUGCCUAAACCAUGAUCCAGCAGAGCGUCCAAGCUUAUCCAAAAUACACCCAAUUGUGGAGCGCAUGGUACGAGAAAAGAUACCGCUGAAAGCAAGUGCAGGUGCUACCAAGGUGUAGCAGUUGUUGCUAUGGCAGUUAAUGUUGAGCCUUUGUCUGAUGAGACGAUGAGGAUGAAGGUGGCAGCUACUUGUUUUUAGAUCUAGAGAAAUGAAUUGUUGCUUUAUGGAUUGUAUGAUUUCAUUUGAGUUAGAUAUACACGUACAUUGAUGAUGUGGCCAGGA